AUGCAAGGAGGGGCACAGGGCCAAGCGCCGGCCGGCAACGGGCAGCAAGGAGGGCAGCAAGGAUUUUCGUGGAGGGGCGUGAUCGUGCAGUUGCUGGUCAUGUACUUCAUCUUCAGCUACCUUUUCGGCGGCAACAAGCAGGCCACCGUGGAUCCCAGCACCGGCAAGGCACUCCAGCCCCACCGCCCCCUCUGGCACGGCGGUGAGCGCAUGCAGUUGCUCGUUUUCCAAUCGGAAAAUGAGGAGAUGACGCCCGAGGAGUUCAAGGACCCAGGGCCUUUACUCUGGUCUGAAGACCAACUCUUCUACGACUGGCGGCCAGAGAACGAGCGGAUCAGAGAAGUCGUCAUCAAGACCACUCCGGGCAUGAUGAACAAUGGUUCGUUGUGGGCGCACAUCUACCUCAUCAAAGGCGAUCACUCGCCCGACCCUGCAUCGGAGCACUACAAGAAGUCGGCCCUUCUCUACAAGCGCCAACGCCUGAACACGUACCUGCCCAAGCCCAAGCUCAAGGGCCGCAAGAACCUCAUCUCUGGCGAGAUGGAAGACGACCCGGAGAUGCUUGCCUUGCAAAAGGCGAAGGAGAGCGUGGAGCUCGUCUCGUUCUGGAAGCCCAACCUGACGCUCAACAUGGUGCACGAUUUCACCGUCUACCCGCGAGGUGGCAUUCCCCCUCAGAUGGAAGAACUCAUGAGCUUCGAUGCAGAGGGCAGCUACCACCCGACGCUGUUCAUCAACGAGUUCUGGAUCUUCCGCGAACACCUCUAUCCGAUCAACGACACCACGCCCGAGCUGCCCCUCCGCCUCGAAUACAACACUCUGUCGAUGUGGAAGUGGCAGAUGAUGGUGCAGAUGCAGCACUCCUUCAAGAUGCAGGAGAGCUGGGGCAGCGCCGCCGAGGGCGAGAGCGACGAGAUCAAGAGGAUGUUGGUGGAGACGAACCCCUGGCUCCUCGUGCUCACGUUUGCGGUGUCCAUCCUUCACUCGGUGUUCGACUUCUUGGCCUUUAAGAACGACAUCUCGUUCUGGAAGGAGAAGAAGAACCUGGAGGGUCUCUCCGUGCGCACGAUCUUCGUCAACUGCAUCACGCAGUUCAUCAUCCUGCUCUACUUGUUCGACAACGACACGAGCUGGAUCAUCCUCAUCUCCGCUUCCGUGGGUCUGCUCAUCGAGGCCUGGAAGAUCACCAAGGCCGUCGAGGUUAUAGUUCAGUGGCCCAACGGCGGUCUUCCCAGCAUCAGCUUCAAGGACAGGGCCACCUACUCCGCCCGGACCAAGGAGCUUGAUGUGGCAGCGAUGAAGUACCUGUCGUACCUGCUGUACGUGCUCGUGGUGGGCUACGCCAUCUACUCCCUCGCCUACGACACCCACAAGAGCUGGUAUUCGUGGAUCCUCAACUCCCUCACCGGAUGCAUCUACACGUUCGGGUUCGUGAUGAUGACGCCGCAGCUGUUCAUCAACUACAAGUUGAAGAGCGUGGCGCACAUGCCGUGGAAGACGUUCGUGUACAAGGCGCUCAACACCUUUGUCGACGAUCUCUUCGCGUUCAUCAUUCGCAUGCCCACUCUUCACCGAGUUGCAUGCUUCCGCGAUGAUAUCAUCUUCUUCAUCUUCCUGUAUCAGCGGUGGAUCUACCCCGUGGACAAGACCCGCGUCAAUGAAUUUGGCCAGAGCGGAGAGGACGGCGAGCCCGCCUCUGUCGAUGCCAACGCCUCCGCUGCCGCCCUCCCUGCUGCUGGAUCCCCCACAGCCGUGGUGGACACCAAAAAGAACAACUGA